AUGUAUGUAAUUGUUGUAUUUAAGCUGAAAAAGGGUAUUUUAUCAGUGAUAAAGCUUAUAAUCAUGAAUCAUGAAGAUCUAUUAACUCAGUUUUGUAAUGAGUUUUAUGUUGAAAGCACGCAGGCACGAUUUUUCUUGGAGUCUACUAAUUGGAACUAUGAAUUGGCUGCUGCAUUGCUAAGGGAAGUUUUUCCUCCUGAGCAAGAGGAAGGAUUUGAAGGCUCGGAUCGUGCAACUACACCUGAUACGAAUGCUGCUUUGCCAAGUGCUUCUGAACGACCAAAUCCGCCUUCGAAUCCCGCUGUAAAUUCUAAAGGGAAAAAAGUUUCUCAAAAGAAGUUUGCUACUUUAAAAGAUCUACAAGAAGAUGAAGAGGAUCCAGACGAAAAGUCGAAUCUAUUUACUGGAGGAGAAAAAAGUGGGUUGUCGGUACAAGGACCUGAUCCCAAAAAACAGCUUGUCCGAGAUAUCAUUGAGAAGGCUCACCAGCAGACAGCAUCGACUGGUACCGAACGCGAAACAUCGCCACCAGCCCCUGUGCCUGCCUUUAGUGGGUCUGGACAACGGUUAGGAACGGAAGAUGAACUUGCUAGGCCCACCAAACAAUCGGAAGGAACUCCUUUCACUCAAGCAACCGUGCCGCAACCAAGGAAUGAACCAGAGAGAAAUCUGGGAACCCCUGUUCGUCGUACCUUGUAUUUCUGGCGAAAUGGUUUUAGCGUGGAUGACGGACUGCUUUACUCUUAUGAUGAUCCAGCGAAUCAAGAAACACUUCGUCUAAUCAAUAAUGGCCGUGCCCCACUUCACCUGUUGGGCGUUACUAUGAAUCAGCCCAUUGAUGUAGUGGUACAACAUCGUCUUGAUGAAGAUUAUCGUGCACCAACGAAGCCCUUUUCUGGAAAAGGACAACGUCUUGGAAGUACAUAUGCUCCUCAGCAAGCGCAAAUUCCUGGCGCAUUUCAUGAUCAAGCUUCCUCUCAAAGCAGUGAACCUGCGAAAAAAGUUCAAGUAGACGAAAGUCAACCGUCUACGCGAAUUCAAGUCCGCUUAACGAACGGUUCAAGGACCGUAAUAACCCUGAAUUUGUCUCAUACGGUGCAUGAUUUAUACGAAGCUGUUCGUGUCUCUUCACCAGGAUCAUUUAUUCUGUGUGUGCCUUUCCCUGCUAAAACUCUAGAAGAUGAUCCAUCUGUCACCAUUGAGCAGGCAUCUUUGCAGAACGCAUCUCUUGUCCAAAAGCAACAAUAA